CAAAUCAUCACCCGCAACUACGUGAGUGUCGUCACGUCUACCCAGCUAAUCUCGCACCGAGCGAUAUCUUGUUGAACAUGCAGGAGAGACUCCACUCUCAGCUCGUCGCCCACCUCCCACUCUCCGUGAGAGCCCACGAUGACUGUCGCCAUGAACAUUGAUCUCCUCGGACUUCCGGUGUGCCGGUCUAUAAUGCAACGAGGUGCAUGAGGGGAGAGAAAUGUUAUUGCUUCUUCAUUGCUACGGCGACACUGCCACAUUCAUUGGCUGCCCUUCGCAUUCGUGGCGUUUUUUUGCCAAGCGGGGUUUCGAGCUGAAAGAAUGUCUCAGCUGAACUGCCCCUGACUUCUCUUCUCGAUUUCCGUCGAAGCGCAAGCCCACAUCAGCAUAACUUUCAUCCAGAGAUCAGACCUACGGCAUGUCUGGACGAGGUUUGAUCAUUCUCGACCCUCCCGCGCCGGAGUGGACAAUCCGGCAUGGCCCGCCUACGGUUGACAUUGUCAUGGUCCAUGGCCUAAACGGCAGUCGCACCACAACUUGGACGCAGAAUGGUUGCUUCUGGCCCCAAGAUCUCCUCCCGCUAAAGCUCCCGAUGGUCAGGGUUAUGACGUUCGGCUAUAACGCCGAUCUGGCGCUUAACUACUCGACUAACGGCAUCAGAGAGCAUGCAACCAAGCUGCUCACCAGUCUCAGAGACAAGCGGGAGGAACCAGAUGAGCUCAAUCGACCUUUGAUCUUCAUUUGCCACAGUCUAGGGGGCAUUGUGGUCAAGAAGGCACUGCUGAAUGCCUCGAUAGAUGAAGAGUACUCUGCUAUCUCGCAGAACACCAAGGGCAUCGUCUUUAUGGGCACUCCGCAUCGCGGAUCAAACCUCGCAAACUGGAGCGCCAUGCUUUCCGGCAUUGCAAAGCUCAUGUUCAUGAGCCCUCCAAAGAAGCUCCUUGACGACCUCAAGACCAACAGCAAAGCACUCAGUGACAUUUCCGAGGAUUUUGUGAAGAUUGUCUCGCGAUAUAGCGUGAAGAGCUUCUACGAGGAGAACAAAUCCAAGCGUUUCGUCACUAUUGUCACGAGGGACUCAGCUACCAUGAAUAUUACGCAAGAAGAAGCGCUUCCUAUGGAGGGAGAUCACGAACAGAUCUGUAAAUUCUCGGGCCCUGAAGAUGAGAGGUUCGAAGCUGCUUGGAAAGCUGUCAGGAGGCUUAUUCCGCGAGAAGAGAACCCGCAGCAUUAACAGUAGACCAGCUCAGUCUACUCAACAGUUUGCCUGUUUCGAAUAUAUACGAAUCACUUGAAGAGAUCGAAGACCCCUGCCCCGGAACGACUGAUUGGGUUCUCUCCCA